AUGGCGCACUUCGCCGCUCCCUCCCUUCCUUUGCAGUCACUCUCUCCAGUGUCGCCGGUCCCCCCCUCUUCGACCACAUCCUCCGGAGGGAAUCCUGCUGGUGCUGCUGCUGCUGCGCCGUCCACCUCGACCCGCGGUGGCCCCGGCAGCGGGCCCAGUCCCUCCGCGACGACCCCGUCACAGCCUGUGCAGCCUGUGCAGCCAUCUUCUUCGGGGUCGGCUCCGACGCCGGCACAGGCUCCUCAGCAGCCUCAUGAUCAGCAGCAGCAGCAGCAGCAGCAACCACCACAGCCACCGCCGCCGCCGCCACCACAGCAGCCGCAGCCUGAACCUCCACGAUAUCGUCCGCCAAAUCCGCCACAACAUAAGCGGGUCUACCAGGCAUGCAUUCCCUGUCGCCGCCGCAAGGUCCGGUGCGACCUGGGUUCGGUCGAUGACCCCCACGACCCGCCCUGUGUGCGCUGCCGUCGAGAGAGCAAGGAGUGCUUCUUCAGUGCCACACGCCGCAAGCGCAAGGCUGACGAAGAUGACCCUGAGCUCGAGGAGUACAUCCUGCGAAACGGCCGCAAGCAGGCCCGCGGCGCCUCAGUCACCCUCGAUCGUCGCUAUUACAGCGACAUGCCGCUCACACCGCACGGCCGGGCGCAAUCGUCAAGGCGCAUGGGCGACUCGGCCAAGAGUGUUCGCAGCAACAGCAGUGCCGGGGGAGAGUUUGGCAACGGCGAGCCGAACACUCCUCUCGAGAAUUUAGAGGCUAGGACGGUCAUGCGCCGGGAGGUCUACGGGCCCCACGACGCCUUAGACCUCCUGUACAAGGCUGCCACCGAUAAGUUUAAUGACACCUCGUCACAGAAGCCCGAGGACGAUCCAGCUCCCAACCAUGCCGCUACCCACUCAACGUCUCGUCACCUCCGGCAAGAGUCCGAACCCCGCAAGCUGUCCAGCACAACCGCAUCCGGCGGUUAUCACAGUCGACACGCUUCGCGACACGAGACAUCGGCCGACAAUGCCAUCGACCCGGAACUUACCAGGCGCGACCCUACAUCUGACCCAGGUUAUCAGGAGGCUCUCAAGGCCUGGAAUAGGUUCCGCUUUGUGCGCGCUGGAUGGUUCACGGCCCAAGAAGCCAUCGAUUAUAUUGAUUACUACUACAAAUACCUUUCGCCUCUCACCCCUAUUUCCCCGCCCACCUUCCAGAACCCGGCGUCUCAUCUUACGUUAUUGACCGAGGAGCCGAUACUCGCAGUGACGCUAUUGACUAUCGCGUCCAGAUAUCGCCGUAUGCCUGGCACAGGAGGUCACUGCCGGUCCCACGCCAUUCACGAGCAGCUUUGGACUUAUCUCAGGGGUAUGAUUGAAAGGGUUGUCUGGGGCCAGGAGGCCUUCGGCGGGGGGUUCUGCGGAUCAGGCGCGGACGAGAACCAAAGCUCGAGCACGGCCCCGUGGCGCGGGCUGCGCAGGGGGAGCCUGCGCACGCUGGGAACAAUCGAGUCGCUGAUGAUCCUGACGGAGUGGCAUCCCCGCGCCCUGCACUUCCCGCCGAACGAGGCGACUGACGAGCUGCUCGUCCCCGCUCCUGAUGCCAAGCCUCCCUCGGAUUCGGACGGGACCCAGAAGCCUGGGGGUAGCUUUGGCGGCAGGAGGAUUGAGAGCUGGCUCGAGCCAGCCUGGCGGAGCGAUCGCAUGUGCUGGAUGUUAUUGAGCACUGCUAUGGGUCUGGCUUAUGAGCUUGGGGUGUUUGACGAUAUCGACGAGCUGCUCGCCACUGGCGCCAUCACACGACCCGAGUAUGAAGACGAGGCAUACCGGCUACGCGCCAACCGCAUUAAGCGACUGUUGCUCAUCUAUCUGAGCCAGCUUGCGGGUCGGUUGGGUUGGACGAACAUGGUACCGGAGAAGCUGCGCAAGUCUGACCCAGCCAUCUCAGGCAGAAAACGCCGCGCAUCUGUUGAGGGUACUACGCCCGGUACGAACCCGUCGUCCUUGUCCAACUCAUUCAACUACAUUCCCGACCUGGAGCUGGACGAUCAGAUUAUCCACUGCUGGGCGGGUAUUAGCCAUGCCAUGCAGGUGGGCAAUGACAAGCUCUUCAAGUCUCGGAAGCAUACGACGGAGAUCAUUCAGAGCGGAAAAUACAUUGAGCUGCUGAGGGAAUUUCAGCCCAUGCUCAAGAAUUGGUGGAACGAGUUUGAACGCUUCCGGUUGCCCCCCUACAUCCGGCACAUCCUGACCAUUGAGUAUGAAUAUGUUCGGAUCUACAUCAAUUCGCUAUCGUUACAGGCUGUUGUCGAGCGAUGUACAAGCAACGCUAGCGGCGGUGGCGGCGCAGGUGGAAGCGUGUCGGGACAGUCCGGCUCGACCCUGUCACCACAAACUCAGAACUACUACGGCAAGCUGCCGCUGGGCCAGCUUGGAGGUUUCGGUGCUGAGGAUCAAGAGUAUGUAAGAGAGGUGAUUAGCGGAAGCCGGAACCUGCUCCGUACAGUCGUUGACGGCCUGCUACCGGGCGAAUACCUCAAGCACGCGCCGGUUCGGACCUACUUCCGCAUCAUCAGCGGCGCCAUGUUCCUUCUCAAGACGUUCGCACUCGGCGCCCCCAAGGCGGAUGUCGAGAUCAGUAUCGGCUUGAUGGAUCGAACCGUCGAUGCGCUCCGCAACUGUGUAGUAGAUGACGUUCAUCUGGGAAUCCGCUUUGCCGACAUGCUCGAGACAUUGACCAGUCGGCUGAGGAACCGUUUCAUCUAUGCCGUUCCUCCGCAGAUGCCACCGGCAGACGGUAGGUCGCCUGCAGCAACGAACGGCGAUGGCGCCAAUGGUAACAGUGCCGCGAGCGGCAUGACUACCCACCUGAGCCAUGUGCAGGACAUGUUCAUGAAAAUGAGGGACAGUUCCGGCCCUCCCGAGCGUUCGGCCACUCCAGCCAACAUCUCAGCCACACCCUGGGAUUUCUCAGCCGGCGCCUUCCCCUACCCAGGCGGUCCCGGCUCAGUUUUCGGCCCAUCCACACCAGCCGCUGCUACGAGCACAACCAUGGACAACACCAAUAACCCUCACGGCCUUCCCGCAGAUGGCAGCAGCAGCGUCACAACCGGAUCUGGAGCCGGCGGCGUCAUUUUCGACUCGGACUGGGCCAACCCCAACAACGAGAUGUGGUACCUGCCCACGGGCCCAGCCUUCUUCCAGAACAUUGACAACACGUCCGUGUCGAUGACUGCUGAGGGUGUUAAUGUUGGUGGGCUUGACCUGCUUGAGUACAUGGCGAUGGACCCCAUUGACAACCAGCCUUUUGGUAUGGAUGGGGGAGGGUUCUGA